CCCUCCCUUCCGUGCCCCGCCCGCCUCGGGACAGAGCGUGCAGAGCAGCUUAGAAUCGGGGACGCGCUCUUUCCCUCCCUUACUGUAUCGAUGAAGUUUUUCAAAGAUGGCGGAUUUCCUGCCGUCCCGGUCCGUCUUAUCGGUGUGUUUUCCGAAUUGUAUGCUCACCAGCGGUGAAGCCGAGCAGUUACGCAUCUCGAAGGAGAUAGACAAGUGCAUUUCUCGGGAUAAAACGUAUGUGAAACGGUUAGUAAAGAUUCUGCUGCUGGGUGCCGGCGAGAGCGGCAAGUCGACUUUCCUCAAGCAGAUGCGCAUCAUUCACGGGCAGGACUUCGACCAGCGGGCCAAGGAAGAUUUUCGGGCUACAAUCUACAGCAACGUUAUUAAAGGGAUACGAGUGUUGGUUGAUGCCAGAGAAAAGCUUCAUAUUCCUUGGGGUGACUCUGCUAAUCAAGUUCAUGGAAGAAAGAUGAUGGAAUUUGACACCAGGUCCCCAAUGAUGAUUCAGGGAUUGGUAGAAACCAAGGUAUUCACAGAACAUCUACCAGCUAUUAGGGCUCUUUGGGCGGACAGCGGAGUUCAACAUGCAUAUGACAGACGGAGAGAAUUUCAGCUGGGUGAAUCAGUAAAAUAUUUCUUGGACAAUUUGGAAAAACUAGGACAGCCGGACUAUCUUCCAUCUCAGCAAGAUAUACUGUUGGCCAGAAAGCCCACCAAAGGAAUCCAUGAGUACGACUUUGAGAUCAAGAAUGUUCCCUUUAAGAUGGUUGAUGUGGGUGGACAGCGAUCAGAGAGGAAACGGUGGUUUGAAUGUUUUGAUAGCGUCACAUCCAUUUUAUUCCUUGUUUCAUCCAGUGAAUUUGAUCAGGUGCUGAUGGAGGACCGACAAACCAACCGCCUCACUGAGUCUCUAAAUAUUUUUGAGACAAUAGUCAACAACCGUGUGUUCAGCAAUGUUUCUAUCAUUCUCUUUCUAAAUAAGACGGACCUGCUAGAGGAGAAAGUAAAAAUUGUGGAUAUCAAGGACUAUUUCCCAGAGUACACUGGGGAUUCUCACAGCUUAAAUGAUGUUCAGAAGUUCUUGGUGGGGUGUUUCCAAAGCAAGCGCCGGGACCAGCAGCAGAAGCCACUAUAUCAUCACUUCACCACUGCCAUUAAUACAGAGAACAUUCGUUUGGUAUUCCGCGAUGUCAAGGAUACUAUCCUGCAUGACAACCUCAAGCAGCUUAUGCUACAGUGAUACUCAGCUGGGACUUUGUUUUUAUUUCUUUUAAUCUUUUUAAUAAAAUUUUAAUGGAAAUUUUGGCAUGGUUAGCAGGGAAUAAGUACAUUUCCUUUCGGACUUAAUAUUGUAGUGGCUAAACAUUGCAAUUUUUAACUUGCCAGAUAUCUGGUAAAACGCAUCCUGCCUAUCCAUUAUUUUAUUUCCUUGUGCAGUUAUGUCAAUCUUUAACACCAAAAUUCAGGAUAAUUAGUUUAUAUUUACUAACUUAAUGUUCAGGCUAAAUAUGUUUUGGACAUGGCAGAUAAAUGGUUAUUGUAACAAAAUAGCUCAACUUUUUUUAGAGCAGAGCCCUUGUUUUUCUAUUUUUGAGCCUUGAAUACUGUUGGGUGGUCUUGUUGAAAUUGGAAGUUAUAAAUACUGCAAGCCUUAUUGUGCCAAGCAUGUAAUCGCUCUUUGCUUUUAUUUUUAUUUUAAUGUGCAGUCUUUUUAAAGAUUUUAAGUUAUAUAGUAAAGGUUUACAAUGCUUGCCUUUUGGUUUAUUUUUACUAGUGAACUUAAGGGUAAGGAGCUACAAUUUGCUGGCAAACUCACAUGCACAAAGCUAAUACUUAAACAGUAAUCUGUAGUGCCAAGCAGUACAGUAGCUAAAUUAUCUGUUUUUUAUCUCAGGGUUUGAAAAUAAACCACUUUUGUGUGUGUGUGUUCUUGAAAAAUACUUCGGAUUGCACCUUAAUAUCCUUUUAAAUACAAACAUCGCAGACCAACGGCGAUAAUCUAUCUAGAUGGUUUUCUUGUACCCGUUUAUAGUAACUAAUGUAUUCUCAUUUAUUAAUCCCUUUAGCAACUGAAGUUAAUUUUUAUAUACUUUUUUCAAUUGAUUACUGUAUUUGUAUGUGCCCUUUUUAUUAUAGUGGUAAAUAUCAGCUUUGAAAUGUUCCUUAAAAUAUGCCGAAAGAACCACUGCUCAAAUUUCUCCAACAGCUAGUUUAUAAUGGCACCAAAAAGCGAUCAAAAAUACAUCACAUAAUAUGUGGAUUAAACUUUGUGAGACAUAAACUGAUUCUUUCUCCAGGCUUUUACACUUCUCAGAUGUCCGUUUUAUCCUAACAUGCAUGUAUGAGGCAUGGAUUUUGGAUUGACAAACUACUUGAAUUCCUGUUCCGUGCUUUUUUGUUGUGGGCUGCCUAAAUACUUUGGUUCAGUGGAAAUUAUCAUAUACGAAAACAGUGUUUUCCUAGUCAUUUGGUCAUUAUUGGCUUUUAUAUAAAAUUAUCUUAGCCAUUACUACCUUAACUUUUUUUCAGUGCUUGAAAAGCUGACCAUAUUUCUUUCAGUAAAUUACAGUUGUAUACAGUACUUUGUUUUAUUUUUGCUUAAUUGGUAUUGGGAUCCAGUUUUGUAUUUGAGUAUUACUUCCAUCAUCUCUUACGCAUGUUUGAUGAAGAUUUUGAUACUUCAAAUUAAAUUUGAAGGAGUUGAUACAUAGGUUUUUUUUUUUUAUCUUAAAGCUCAUCAUCCACUAAUCUGUGACCACUCUGUAAUUUCAGGAUAACUAUCCCAUAGUCAGAAAUUUCCCUGCUUUUCUGUUGUACAAGUUGCAAUCCACGUAUGCACAAAGUCUAGUUGUUGCAUAGAAUAAGUGUCAUUUUUGACCCUAACCAAAAUGUAACUGACCUGAAUUUUUGUUUAACCUGGUUUUCUGUGAAACAUUGCUGUACAUGAAAACCUGCUGUUUUUCCACUAACAGUACUUUCCUUUCUUGCACAUACUGUGCCAUUUUGAAUGACAUGACUUUUUAAAUUAUUUGCAAAAGUACUGACUGUAUUCAGUCUGCAAAUCAGACAGUGUUCCAAACUGGCACUUUUUGUUAUUUUCCACAGCUACAUUAAAUAAGCAUAAUGUGAAAACAGAAGUCUUAAUGUUUCUAACUCACUUUGAAUACUUUUAGCAGAUACAUGUUAUAUCUCUGCUUCUGAUUGGUGUUAUCGCUGUUCUUUAGGAGUCCUUUUAUUUUAUAGACCAAAUAAGAUAUAACACAAAAAAAAUGGUGGUGGGUUGUUGUGAUAGAUUUUAUUUUUCCCUUCCUCCACACUGUAACAAUGUUUUUGUUAUGUAAUAAUUAUCUCACCUUUAGUUCAACCACUGUGGUGAAAUUGACACAUGAAGUAAAUGUAGCAGGUACUGGCUCUGUUGGGUAAUGUGUGAAAAGUUUAGUGCAGUUCCAUGCUUGGCUUGUUGCUCCUUUUUUACUUUAUGGAUAACUGCAUCUUUUAUUAAUGUAUAAUUAAUGAUAUAAAAUGUAAAAAGUCAUUUUAAAAAUAUGCUUAAAUUAUGAUUCUGCUUUUCCAGUCUCAUUUUGCAGUAUAGACUGGUCUAACAUAAGCAUCCUUUUGGAAGUAACACAGUUAUCAGUAUCAUUUUGAUUUUAUGUUUGUAAAUCUACCGAUCUCUAAAAGCAUUCACCUUGAGCCUCAUAAUCUAUAACAGUGCUGCUGUGCGUUUGUCAUCUCAGUCUCCUGUAGUAUGGUGGCUGUUAUCCAAAAAGUAUUUUUUGAAGUUAACUGUUUGUAAACUACAAGCAUUUUUCAAGAAAAACUUCUGUUGGGAAACAGUGCAGAUUUAUAUAAGUAUUAUAUCCCUACAGAUGGGAAAUGAAUGCAAGGCCAAGAAUGACUACAGAUACUUAUGUUAGAUUGUUUAACUGGAUCUUAGUUUCUGCCACAUUUAACACAUAGCAACUAGAGAAGUGUAGAUUCAGGGACAAAAUGUUAUAGUAAUGUGACAUUAGCAUAUGUAAAUGUUUCUCUUUUUGCCUUGAAAGCUAUGCAGAACAGUUGACCAUUUAAUUGCUUUUUGUCCUUGUUGUAACUUAAAUUAGACAUCUGCCUAUGUGUAAAAAAAAAAAAAAUUUUUGUUCUUCGUAAGAUUUCAUAGACCCUUUGAGUAAAUGGAUUUGUAUAUAAAAUGCAUUGAUGCAAUAUAAUGCAAACUUAAUUUGCCAAAAAAGUAUGUAGUGCCUCUAUGCAAUUGUAGCUAGUCAUUUGAGCUUCCCUUUGGUUAUUGGUUUGAAACAUCAAAAUCCAACAUUUGCCUUAAAUAUAAAUAAAAAACAAACACAAAUAUAACACUUAAGGUUUUGUAAGCACAGCCUUAGACUUACGGUUAACUAGUGAUGUCUCUAAUGAUUUUUUCUUUUUUGUUAAAAGCACAAAGGGGGUUAACGUGCUUUAUACUUUUUAAUCACGUAUUUUUGUACACAUUCAAUCUUUUAAUGCAUUCAUUAGGUGCAGUUUAAUCAGAACAAAUGUGUAAAAUAAUUGCCAAUGUGACCUAUGCAGAAAUCCAGUAUAAUUCAGUGUGAAACGUAUCCUUUCUUCUUCAGCAGAAGCUAGGAGAGAAAUCCUAAUUAGCCAGAGUUACUUAGGUUGAUGUAAAUUUGUUUUUAGACUGCCUCUGCUCUGUCUUACCCCAUGUCAACUUUUCAAUAAAACAAUGAAAAAGG